UUUAAAAAGGAGAGACAAGAAUCGUUUCACCUGCACUCAGUGUGGAAAGAGUUUGGCAAGCAAAAGCAAACUUAAGAUUCACAUGAUGAUCCACACAGGAGAGAAACAAUUCACAUGCACUCAGUGUGGGAAGAGUUUCAGCCAAUCAUCAUCCCUUAAUCAACACAUGAGGAUCCACACUGGAGAGAAACCAUUCACUUGCACUCAGUGUGGGAAGAGUUUUAACAGCUCAUCACACCUUAAUCAACACACGAGGAUCCACACUGGAGAGAAACCAUUCACAUGCACUCAGUGUGGGAAGAGUUUCAGCCAAUUAUCACACCUUAAUCUACACAUGAUGAGCCACACUGGAGAGAAACCAUUCACAUGCACUCGGUGUGGGAAGAGUUUUAACUGCUCAUCACACCUUAAUCGACACAUGAUGAUCCACACUGGAGAGAAACCAUUCACAUGCACUCGGUGUGGGAAGAGUUUUAACUGCUCAUCACACCUUAAUCAACACAUGAUGAUCCACACUGGAGAAAAACCUUUCACAUGCACUCAAUGUGGGAAGAGUUUCAGCCAAUCAUCACACCUUAAUCAACACAUGAUGAUCCACACUGGAGAGAAACCAUUCACAUGCACUCAGUGUGGGACGAGUUUCAGAAAAUCAUCAUCCCUUAAUCAACACAUGAUGAUCCACACUGGAAAGAAACCAUUCACAUGCACUCAAUGUGGGAAGAGUUUUAACUGCUCAUCACACCAUAAUAAACACAUGAGGAUCCACACUGGAGAGAAACCAUUCACCUGCACUCAGUGUGGAAAGAGUUUGGCAAGCAAAAGCAAACUUAAGAUUCACAUGAUGAUCCACACUGGAGAGAAACCAUUCACAUGCACUCAGUGUGGGAAGAGUUUCAGCCAAUCAUCAUCCCUUAAUCAACACAUGAAGAUCCACACUGGAGAGAAACCAUUCACAUGUACUCAGUGUGGGAAGAGUUUCAGCCGAUCAUCAUCCCUUAAUCAACACAUGAAGAUCCACACUGGAGAGAAACCAUUCACAUGUACUCAGUGUGGGAAGAGUUUCAGCAAAUCAUCACACCUUAAUCAACACAAGAUGAUCCACACCGGAGAGAAACCAUUCACAUGCCCUCAGUGUGGGAAGAGUUUCAGCAAAUCAUCACACCUUAAUCAACACAUGAUGAUCCACACUGGAGAGAAACCAUUCAAAUGCACUCAUUGUGGGAAGAGUUUCAUCCACUCAUCACACCUUAAUCACCACAUGAUGAUCCACACCGGAGAGAAACCAUUCACAUGCAACCAGUGUGGGAAGAGUUUCAGCCAAUUAUCAUCCCUUAAUAAACACAUGAGGAUCCACACUGGAGAGAAACCUUUCACAUGCAACCAGUGUGGGAAGAGUUUCAGCCAACCAUCAUCCCUUAAUCAACACAUGAUGAUUCACACCGGAGAGAAACCAUUCACAUGCCCUCAGUGUGGGAAGAGUUUCAGAAAAUCAUCACACCUUAAUCAACACAUGAUGAUCCACACUGGAGAGAAACCAUUCACAUGCCCUCAGUGUGGGAAGAGUUUCAGAAAAUCAUCACACCUUAAUCAACACAUGAUGAUCCACACUGGAGAGAAACCAUUCACAUGCACUCAUUGUGGGAAGAGUUUCAUCCACUCAUCACACCUUAAUCAACACAUGAUGAUCCACACUGGAGAGAAACCAUUCACAUGCAACCAGUGUGGGAAGAGUUUCAGCCAAUUAUCAUCCCUUAAUAAACACAUGAUGAUCCACACUGGAGAGAAACCAUUCACAUGCAACCAGUGUGGGAAGAGUUUCAGCUUAUCAUCAACGCUUUAUAGACACAUGAUGAUCCACACCAGAGAAAAACCAUUCACCUGCACUCAGUGUGGGAAGAGUUUCAGCCAAUCAUCAUACCUUAAUAAACACACAAAGAUCCACACUGGUAUGAGAGAGUACAUGUGCUUGGAGUGUGAGAAGACUUUUAUUACAGCUGCAGAAUUGAAACGACACAAGAGGAUUCACACUGGAGAGUAACCCUAGACAUGAUCAGUGUGUAUAGAGUUUCACUCAUUUGGGGCAGCUUAAGAAACAAAUAGGAUGGU